AUGCCUCAGCUCAGGAACCUGCCCUACUGCGUUCUCUAUCUCUUCACCUGGCCAUACUACGGAACCCUUGUGAGAUACACAAUCGAGCCCCUCGAGCGCAUCGCCGCCCCUCAAAAGGACUUGCUUGAGUUGAGCGAGCGCGUGCGAGACUUUGCGCUGGGAAAGGGUGAAGAGCUCAAGUACAUCAGCUUUGCGGCGACGAUAAACACAGCUCUGACAGUCGCAACCUUCUCGUGGCCCCGACUAGAUGGCUCACCAUGGGCUGUCUCUGCCCUCCUCUACACGUCGCUCUUCUUCACCAUCGGCGCCCUCGUCAUCGGCUCUCAGCACAUCAUGUUCUUCCACAAGAUGUGUCCCGCCAAUAACCACAGUAUGGCCGAUGGGCCAUGCGACGCCGGAAUGCACAACAUGUACCAGGUCGCGCGGGCGCAGUUUCUCGACGCGCACAGCCGCUCCUGGACUGUGGUCUUUAGACCAGAGGCUGGAGAAGUGACCGACAAGCUCCUGCUGCACCGAUCGAUAAACCCCAGCAUGGUUCUCACAUGGCAGUGUCCGAUUGCACUGAUGGCGUGGUCGUGGGUUUCAUACUCGGUUGCGAUCGUGGUGUUGAUUGCGAAACCGUUUAUGGCGGCCAAUAGCGAUCAUGAUGAGCGAAAGGUAACGCUCUCUUACGAGCUGUUCAAUGAUAUAUACUAA